AUGAAGAUCCAGGCAAAAAUCGUUGCUCUCUUCGGGAUUUUUUCAAUGUGUUGGGCAGCUCCAAAUGAGAUGGUUAUUUUCGCUUGUCAGUUCUUCAAUGAAAUGUUUGAUGAUUGUUCUAAUAUUAAUGAGGGAAAUGCGCUCGGUCAAGCCAUGGCAGAUAUCUCUACAACAACAGCCACUUCUUACUAUAGCCAUCUUGAAAGUCCGUCAAACUCCACUGUGUCACAAAAUGGAGAAGAAGAACCAACAACCUGCAGUUCAAAUCCAGAAGUAACCAACGGAGCCACAACCUCUACUCCUUCAUCAUUUGAAGUAGGAACGAUUAUUGAGUACCAAUGCAACCUUGGAUAUAGAACUGAAGGCGAAAAUGGAACAUUAACAUGUAAAGAUGACGGACAAUAUGAACAGAGCAUCCAGUGUUUAGAAGAACCAAUAACCUGCAGUUCAAAUCCAGAAGUAACCAACGGAGCCACCACCUCUACUCCUUCAUCAUUUGAAGUAGGAACUAUUAUUGAGUACCAAUGCAACCUUGGAUAUAGAACUGAAGGCGAAAAUGGAACAUUAACAUGUAAAGAUGACGGACAAUAUGAACAGAGCAUCCAAUGUUUAGAAGAACCAAUAACCUGCAGUUCAAGUCCAGAAGUGACCCACGGAGCUAUCACUUCUACUCAUUCAUCAUUUGAAGUAGGAACGAUUAUUGACUUCCAAUGUAAUCCAGGAUACACAACUGAGGGUAGAAAAGGAACAUUAACAUGUAAAGAUGACGGACAAUAUAAACAGAGCAUCCAAUGUUUAGAUUGCAGAAACCGGGAUCGUCUAAACACGACUGGGCGGUUUUUAAGGUCGGAUGGCCAAAGACCAGAUGUAUGCACUUUUAAACAAUGUAAAAAGGCAUGCGAAGACAAUCCCAAGUGUAUUGAAAUAUCCAAUUAUGACGGGUGUGGAAAAUGUGUUUUAAGUUUUGCUAUACAGCACCCGACGGAAGACUUAGAGGAAUGCCGCUCAGUCUGUUACAAGGAGCCCAGAUGUGUUCAAAUCAAAUUGAAAAACGGAUGUAAACUUAUGGUAAUGAAAUAUGAAGACAAACAUUUUAGAGAACAAAGUGGUACAAUAGUAUCCGACUGCUUCUGA